UCUUGACACAAUAAAACAUUCAAGAUGGCGAUGAGCAAAAGAGGAAACGUGCGGCUCCCUCCCGAGGUAAACCGCAUUUUGUACAUCAAGAAUCUUCCAUACAAGAUCACUGCAGAAGAAAUGUACGAUAUCUUUGGGAAGUAUGGAGCAAUCAGGCAAAUCAGAGUAGGGGUAAUGCCAGAGACUAAGGGAACAGCCUUUGUUGUAUAUGAAGACAUCUUUGAUGCCAAAAAUGCUUGUGAUCACCUCUCAGGGUUCAAUGUCUGCAACAGAUACCUUGUUGUCCUCUACUACCAGUCAACUAAGGCAUUCAAGAAAACUGACACUGACAAGAAGAAGCAAGAUAUUCAGGACAUGAAGGCCAAGUACGGGCUGAGCACACCAGAAAAGAAAUGACUUUUAUAUUUUGGAUGUACAUAGUGUAAAUACAUCAACAAACAUCAUCAUCAUUGUCAUCCUUCAUCAGCAGGAGCAUCCUCACAUUUCCAGGAUUACUGAUUCUCUAUAAAAUCAACGGUGCAGCAUUAGAUCAU